AUGUUAAAGACGAGUUUGUGGUGUGUGGCACUGUUGUGUGGUCUCAGGCCCGCAGUAGCCGUGUCUGAGUUGGGGUGUUACAGUGCGUUACCUUCCGACUGGAUCCAACAGGAUUCGUACGCGUAUCAGACUAGUUCAUAUUGUUCCACCGAAUGUAGUGGGUAUUCCUAUUUCGCAACGUCCAACCAUUCAGAGUGUUAUUGUGGUAACUCAGAUCCCUCUUCCACAGAGUCUACGAGUGACUCUUGUAAUACGUAUUGUUACGGCUACGGCUCAGAGAUGUGCGGUGGUGAAAACUCGUAUUCAGUGUACAGCCAAAGUGAUGAGAGUGUAUCGUCGUCAGCGUCGUCGUCGCCGGCAUCUUCUUCUUCCAAUUCACGAGGUUCUACUCUAUCGACGUCUGUGACCUCCGGUAACACAGAUUCUUCUGCAUCUUCAAUGAUCACUGCAACAUCAAACGUCCGCACUAUAUAUUCUACUUCGUACGAUACACAAGGUGGAUCUACAGUGUACGUGACAAAUACAAUAGUGGAAAGUGCUACUGCAACUUCCGAUUCCAAAUCUUCUUCUUCGUCCAGCAAGAAGAAAUCCACUCCCGUAGGUGCAAUCGUCGGUGGGGUCGUAGGAGGUGUCGUCGGUCUCAUAGUCAUCGCGUGCAUCGUGGUCUUCGGUCUCAGGUACUACAACAAACGUAAAGAAGACGAAAGAAUGGAAAAGGAGUAUCAAGAAGCCAUCAAACCAGUCGAAUUCACAAACGACAAAGUCACUUCCUCCUCCUCAUACAAUAGUCUCAGUGUUGAGAGCAAUCACAGCAAUAACAAUAACACAACGUACGAUAACAACCAUGAAACGACGGGGCGCGACUCUUUGUUAAUGCCUCCGCCAAACCCAUUUGAUGACUCAAGACGCAUAAGUAACGGCUCUAUUUUCACAGAAGACGAUCCAGGACACGUCCUCACAGUCGUGAACCCUGACGAAACAGACUAA